AAACAGAUGGUACAGUACAAAUAGAACAGAGAGGACAGAGAGGCUCAGUGGAUUUCUUGAACACCCAGAGCCCAGAACACAAUGGCUACAGGUAUCAACAUUAUAUUUUGCGUUGGACUUGCUGUUGUACUAACAGGUGUGGGAAAGUCUGCCUUGAUUGGGAAGAGCCACAGCGGAGGGAAGGACGAUCCUGUGCUGCAGUAUGUUGUUAACAACUCACUGAGGGAGCACCCGGUCCUCACCAAACUCAGACUGAGAACCCUUGAAGACCAAUGGAGCAUCAUGAUGGUUGCCAGUGAACAAGCCCAGCUUAUGGCGAAUCUCAUAAGACUGAUAAAUGCAACUAAAGCUAUUGAAAUAGGGAUGUACACAGGGUACAACACACUAAGUAUGGCUUUGGCCAUGCAGGAAAAUGCAAGUGUGGUAGCUUGUGAAAUAGAAGGGACCUAUGUCGAAAUUGCCAAACCGUUUUUUAAAGAGGCUGGAGUUGAAAAUAAGAUAGAUGUACGCCAGCAAAUAGCCAUAAAGACUCUGAAUGACCUGAUAGCAGCCGGGGAAGCUGGAACAUAUGACUUUGUGUUCAUCGAUGCUGAUAAAUUCAACUAUGACAGAUAUUACGAGAAAUCCCUCGAGCUCAUACGAACAGGGGGCAUCAUCGCCAUUGACAAUGUGCUGUGGAGUGGAAAGGUGUUGAAUCCUGCUCCCAGUGACCUCACCUCCCAGGUUCUGGACGCUCUCAAUAAGAAGCUGCACAAGGACGAGAGGAUUGAUCUGAGCAUGCUCACUGUGGGCGAUGGGCUAACCAUUGCCAUUAAACGCUAAAAUACCUCUAAAAGUUUGUCUUAAUGCUGCUUUUGUUUUGAUAUAAAAUAAAAAUGUGGAGUACAUUGCCUUCUGUCAGAUAUAACAGUCACCCAGAAGAUUAAAGAU